AUGGCAGCGGAGCUCACCUCCACCAAACUCAAUGCGGAGAAUCAGCUUCUUCUGGACCAACCUCUUCUUCGGCUACCGCAUGAACUCGCGCGACGAAACUUUAAAUCGGUACAGCGACUCGUUGAGCGUGAAAGAGAACAUGUCCUUCCCGCACUUAAAGAAACGGCGAAUGCAUCGCUGUCCAACAACCAGACGCCCGAUCAGACACUUGCCGCACUCGACGCCAUGAUAUCCCGUAUGCAGGGCCUGAAGCGAAAGAUGGAGAACCUACACCAGGAAGAGCGGAGGAUUCAUGACCAGUCGAAGAAACGCAUACAGCAUCUGGAGAGUCUCCACAAAAUCCCGAGCCUUGCCGACGUCAAGUAUGACCAGUGGUCCAGGGUUCGCUUAGACAGGCUCGUCGUGGAUCACAUGUUGCGUUCGGGAUACACGGAAAGUGCUCAACAAUUAGCCCACGAAAAAGACAUCGAAGACCUGGUCGAUCUCAAUGUGUUCGUGCAGUGCCAACGGAUUGCCGAGAGUCUGCGCCGUGGGGUGACCAAGGACGCUCUGCAGUGGUGCAGCGAAAAUAAGGCCGCCUUGAAGAAAAGCCAGUACAACCUGGAGUUUGAGUUACGCAUGCAGCAGUACAUUGAAAUGCUUAGGUCCGGGAACAAAGAGAAGGUUGUCGAGGCGAUGAUGCAUGCACAAAAAUACCUGUCAUCUUAUGUUGAGACACAGUCGGCUGAAAUCCAUCGGGCUGCGGGUCUUCUCGCUUUCCCCCGGGAUACUAAAGCUGAGCCGUACAAGUCGAUGUAUUCUUUCGAUCGAUGGACUCACCUGUCUGAUCUGUUCGUUCGCACCCAUCAUGAACUCCUUUCUUUGCCUUCGCGGCCCUUGCUACACAUCGCCCUAUCGGCGGGGCUCUCGGCUUUGAAAACCCCGUCAUGCCACUCUGCCUACACUUCUUCAAGCUCCAAUUCUUUGUCCACUACGACGUCGGUGUGCCCAAUUUGUUCAACCGAGUUGAACGAACUAGCGCGAAAAAUGCCAUACGCCCACCACGCCAAGAGUUACGUGGAGAGCGAUCCAAUUGUUCUGCCUAAUGGUAGAAUUUAUGGCCAGCAACGACUGCUGGAAAUGAGCAAGAAGGUUGGAUGUGUUGAAGCAGGCAAGGUCAAAGACCCAACCACUGGGGAAGUCUUCGAGGAAAGAGAGAUGAAAAAGGUUUAUAUCAUGUAA